AUGGCUACGGAAAUACAGGCGAAGGUGAUCAGUGCGGUCAAUGAAGGCGAUAUAUCCCGACUGAGGGAACUCAGCCUGCUUCCAGGAGGGUUUGGAGAUGCAAGGACUGUCGCUUGGCCAUAUUUGCUCCAAGCCCGUUCUUCAUCCAGUACUCUCACACCCGCUCCAGAGGCUAUCGCAUCAUCUUCAACAACCACGGUAGCGUCAACCAUAACAUCUCCAAUCGCAUCUUCCUCCUCUCCACCUUUAUCCUACGACGACGAACCCCACCAAGACGAGUCGCAAAUCAAAUUGGACACCGACCGCUCAUUUGUUCUCUACCCAUCUCUUCAUGAUACUAAAAAAGACUUGCUCAAGUCACGCCUUAAUAGGCUCAUCACACGCGUCUUGCGCAAAAGGCGUAAACUUGCCUACGUUCAGGGAUACCACGAUGUACUCGCUGUGCUACAGCUGACAUUGUGUCCGGGGCAAGAGCCGAGUGAAGAGGACGAGAUGAUGCUCGAGAGGUGUGCGGAGAGGAUCAGCCUGUUCAGAUUUAGGGAUGCGAUGGGGCGUGGGCUGGAGCCGCUGCUUGGUCUUCUCAGAGUACUACGAAGGCUUCUACGAUUAGCUGAUCCAGCAUACGCCGCGCUCAUAGAGCAAACCACUCCCCUCCCGUACUAUGCCCUGAGCAACCUUCUCACUCUGUUCGCACACGACGUACCCACCCUGCCGCUCAUACAACACAUAUGGGACUUCUUGCUUUCGCGAGAGCCCGUAUGGGUUGUUUAUCUCUGCGCUGCGCUCAUCCUGGAAAGGAAGGAAGAGCUCCUACAGCGUGUGCGAGAAGACGGUGACGAAGGGGUCCUCUACGUCCUCCUUUCUGGACUGCCACCACUAGUGGAUAGUGAUUCCCUUCCUUGCUCAUCAGAAUCGGAUGACGACAACCCUCCCCUCACUCCGUCCUCAAGCGCUUCCCUACCCCCUUACACCCCAGGAAGCAGCUCUUCCCUCACACCCCGUUCACCACCGCUCCUCCUACCCCACCUCCUGCACCGGACCGAGGCGCUUUACGUCACAUUCCCACCCUCACACCCCGGGCUGAAGCUGGAAGAUACACUAGGUCCGGCCUCGGUACACCGCGCACCCUGGCCGCCAGAACUUACAGAAGAUGAGGCCGAAGUCGUUGUCACUCGGCCCUCGGAUAUCGUGCUGUCCUUGGACGAAGACGAAGAGCCUGCGCUUGAGGAACUUAAGGGCGCACCGUCCAGUAAAGGAAGGAGGACGCGAGAACAAGAGAUGAGAACACUGAUGGCAGUGUUGGUUGUGGGUGCGGGUGUGAUGAUAGCGAUUUAUACUGCGGAGGGAGGGAUGAGGGCAGUGGAUUGGCUUGGGUUAGCAAGGGUUGCAGUCGGGGUGGUUAGAGAAGGUGCAGGGAGGUUGGCUCGGGGUGCGUAG